UUGCUGCCACGUGAUUGGCUCAUUAUAUAUUUGCCAUUUCGGACACAACUGUGGUGGCAAUUGCAUGUCGCGUUUAUCUUGAUACGGUUUUCUUUACUGAUAAAUGGUGCUUUACAAAACUUUAGAGAUCCGUUAAUGCCCUGUGGCACGUCUGGCCCACUUGCCUUGUAGGUAACGUGCAUCUGGCGAAACUAAAUUCUCGCUCAUUUCCCAUUCUUGCAGACAUUACGGUAAUCCUGACAGCGGCUCAGGGUGUCAGCUGGUCCUCCUUCACUGUCGAGAGAGUAGGAAAAUCCACUGAAGGAAAACACUGCUGGAUACUUAGCUAAACCAUGGCUGCGGAGAUUCAUUCGAGGCCCCAGACCGCUAGACCGAUUCUUUUAAACAAGAUCGAGGGCCACUCAGACGCUGUCAAUGCAGCAGUUUUAAUACCAAAGGAAGAUGGAGUGAUCACGGUCAGCGAGGACAGGACUAUCCGAGUUUGGCUGAAAAGAGACAGCGGUCAGUACUGGCCAAGUAUCUACCACACAGUCUCCUCUCCAUGCUCUUGCAUGUCGUACCACCAUGACAGCAGACGCAUCUUUAUAGGCCAGGACAAUGGAGCUGUUGUGGAGUUUCUUAUCUCUGAAGACUUCAACAAGAUGAACCAUGUAAAAACAUAUCCGGCCCACCAGAACCGUGUGUCAGAUAUGGUGUUCUCCCUGGAGAGUGAGUGGGUGGUGAGUACUGGCCAUGACAAGAGUGUGAGCUGGAUGUGCACCCAGAGUGGCAGCAUGCUGGGGAGACACUACUUUACAGCCUGGGCCUCCUGCCUACAAUACGAUCACGACACGCAGCACGCCUUUGUCGGUGAUUACUCGGGACAGAUCACACUGCUGAAACUGGAGAAGCAGACGUACUCCACCAUCACUACACUAAAGGGUCAUGAAGGUAGUAUAGCAACACUGUGGUGGGACCCUGUCCAGAGGCUGCUGUUCUCAGGAGCCUCCGACCACAGCGUCAUCAUGUGGGACAUUGGGGGCCGCAAAGGACGAACGUUACUGUUGCAGGGACACCAUGAGCGUGUUCAGGCCAUUCGUUACCUCCAGUUGACCAGGCAGCUGGUGUCGUGCUCGGCCGACGGAGGCAUGGCAGUGUGGAACAUGGACACACAGAGAGAAGAGGCGCCCCAGUGGUUAGACAGCGACUCUUGUCAGAAGUGCGAGCAGCCUUUCUUCUGGAACAUCAAGCAGAUGUGGGACACUAAGACCAUGGGGCUCAGACAGCACCACUGCAGGAAGUGCGGCAAUGCUGUGUGUGGAAAAUGUAGUUCUAAACGCACCACAUUCCCAAUCAUGGGCUUCGAGUUCCCGGUGCGGGUGUGUGAUGCCUGUUUUGAUACCAUCAAAGAAGAAGAUCGAACACCAUUGGCCACGUUCCAUGAGGGGAAACACAACAUCGCCCACAUGGACAUGGACCCAUCCAGAGGCCUGAUGGUCACUUGUGGAAGCGACCGCAUUGUUAAGAUCUGGGAUGUGACGCAGGUGGUUGGCUGUAGCUUAGCAACAGGCUUCUCUUCGCGUUGAUUGGCCCGGCCCACGACAUGGUCCCCCCUGUGCUCUGCACACUCUUCUAAUGUCAUGGAAACCCCUCUGUACAGUAUAUCUUCCCAUCAUCUACUGGGAUUUUCAGCUACAACCAGGCCUUGUGUGUGUGAGUGUGAGUGUGGGUGUGGGGGGGUGUGGCCCUACACAUUUCUUUUGCUUCUCAAACAUUUAUUUUCACUAGCUGUCAUGAAAGUGUGUGUGACUUUUUGAACUGAUUCGAAACAGAACCCUAAGCACAAUGGUGUGUGCAUGCAUUGUAAUGAUUUCUCCUAUGGGAGGAAUAGUAUUGAUAUUAGUGUUUACAAUAUAUUUCCCAUGCUUCUUUUGACAAAGGGCAUUUGUUUAUUACCCUUGCACUGUAAAGUUAAGUUUCACUAAGUCGCUGACCUGGAAGUGCUGUACAAACAUACACUAGCUUGCUUUUUACCAUGGCCCACUACCUGCAUAUUACUCAGUCACUGUAACGUGUAAAAAAAAACAAAAAAAACUAAUCAUCUGUAAAUACCCUUGCAUCAUGUGUAUAGUAGAUAGACUCACUGAUCAAAGUGAUCAGCUUUUUCAGUCUUUUUUUUCCUCUCUGUUUCAGUUUUGUUUUCUUUCACUAGUUGGCCUUAAAUCACUCUCAGGAGGUUUUACAUCAGUAGGUUGUCAGUGGGCGGAUGCUCUUCAUAUCGGUUAUAAUCAUUAUUAAUGUGUAAUCACUCCAGCUUGGUAAGAAAAUCAAUAGAACAGCCUCUUUCUUGUUAAAUGACGGAAAUCGCUUGAUACCCUCAAAAGAUGCUGCCAUACAAAUUUGAUGGACUUGUCAGAUGUUUGCAUGACAUCGCUGACCCAGCCAGGUGAGGCAGGGGAAAUUGAAAUAUGUUGCCAUGGUAACAUGCACUGACAGUGGCAGCAUCACCACGGCCAGCCUGAGGUGAACCAGUCACUGUUCAUUUGAAUAGUGGGACUUUCCUUGAUCGUUUCAGAUUCAUGGGUUUUGAGUCCCCAACUUCUUUUGGGUAAAAACAAGUUUAAACAAAUAGCACAGGAUCACCACCUCCUAGAUAUGUAUCACUCUCUUAAAAAAAACUUUAUUUGGGUAGGUCGAUACCAUGCACCACUUGCGGUGUACACUCAAUAUUCAAAUGCCUUGUGAGAAUUACUAUUCAUCUGUAAUUUUAAAAAAAAAUUCAAAAAUAUUGCACGUUUUUGUGGCGCAAAAUUGGAAAUCCCCCCCACCAAAAAGGCACUUAGGCACUGGACAGGUACUCUAAACUACAUGUAGCACUAAAUGCUGAAUCGCGGGUCAGAUCAGGGAUGCCUGUGUUUGUUCAAAAGCCUUAAAAAGAGAGACACACACACAAAGCCUUUUUAGUGGUUUAUCAGUGCGUAUGACUGUUCACUCAUUACCUCUCAAGCAUUCACCUCGUUCUAAAGCUCUGGGUGUCUUGUUUGCGUUUCUUCAUCCUGUUGUUUUGUUGUUGCAAAUUCUGUUCUAAGCUCUUCUAUUUUUUCCACAUACACAUCUGUGUAUUAAGGAUGUCUCGUAAAGCUUUCACCACUGCACUAAAUUGCACAACUCGUGGUUCUUUGUCUUUGUAUUAAACAAAACAUUUUUGUAAGUUCAGAUCCGGGAGGGGUUAAAGCUGGAUACGAUGUAGCGUCCUUGUAAAUAAUGACUAGUAUCUUCUAAUGUUAGACUAACGCUUGCCUUUAUUGUAAGUUGGAACUAUUUGCAUUAUAAUGUUGGAAUUCCUGAUUUCAAAAUGUAGUCACAUUCCAGGUUUUUGAUCAUGUAGUGUAUAUUUAUAUUUGUAGUAAAGUAUUUAUCUAUUAUCAUUGUAAAUGGUUGUUUACUUUUCUUUGUGCUCACCUAGUAGAAGCACAUGCAAACUCAGUAAUGUUGAGAUGGACUGCAGUGUCAGAACAUAGUAUUUUACUUCCUAACAUAGACAGAGAUUGAAUGAGUAAUCAAUAUGACUGCUAUUGUUUCCUAUCAACCAGACCUUACUCCAUGAUUUUUAGACAUAACACAGAAAUACUUGUGGUUAGGCUGAAAGCUGAUACUUAUUCAAUCUGUCACUAGCUAAUAUUCUGCACAAAUGUUCAUUCAUUUUAAGUUUCUGUCCCUUUGGUUGUUUCCCUCCAAACAAAAUGAAUUUUGGUAAUCAGUAGAAACUUUUGUAUUCUGGAAGCUGACUUAAAUCGUUCUUCAUAAUUAUCAAAAAUUAAAUAUAAAAUAUAUUAUUAGUCUCAUUUUGUUUUUUGUUUUCUUGUUUUUUUGGGCCUUUUCUGCCUUUAAUGGACAGGACAGCUAAGUGAGAAAGGGGGAAGACAUGCAGGAAAUUGCCACAGGUCUGACACAAACCCUGGACCUCUGCAACGAGGAAUAAACCUCUACGUAUAUGUGCGCCUGCUCUACCAACUGAGUCAUCCCAGCCACUUAGCCUCCAUUAAUCGACUGAUAAUUGCUUUUUAUUAUAAAAAAAAAAAAAAACUUGGGUGAAGCCAAACAACCUGAAAACACGACAUUGACAUAUCACUUUAUAGAGAUGUUAUGGUGAAUAUGUAAUCAAGCUGUUGCCUAUUCACAUGACAUGGAGCAACAUUAGCUACACCAAAACAAUUGGCCAAAAAACAAAAAGCUAAAAAGACUCCCUAGCCCACCAGGGUUAGCAGAACAAGUCCAAUAUGAACUCUUUUCUAAACUUGAAACUCUGGCUGUUGAACACACCACUAUGUUAACCAGCUAGCCGCUAACUUUGUCUGCUGUUUAAUGUUCGGCUGCUCGAAACAAUGUUGAUAACAGUAGAGGCUGGAAAAUCAAAACAUUGAGCUAAAAGAAGCUAAAAAUGGUCUUUGCUCCUGCAAAAGAGGAAGCUGCCGUUUCGGUACAACAGUUCCAGGGCCACAUCCAUUCUACAACCCUAGUUACUGAACAAAACUGUCCUCCUCUGCAAGUGCCAACACUUAAGCUAACCGCUAGCUAUGAAGGGUUAAGGAAGGUCCAGAGUUGGGUGAACAUUGUUUCAGUUUUCCUCAACUUUGUUGGCCACUUGGUGGCAGCAGAACAACACGCAAAGAACAGUAACAUAUUAUCACCUUAUUUUACCUUGUUGUGUCAAAUGUGCUGGCAAACAUUCUGUGAGAAAUAUCAGGCUCUUUAGUUGCCAAAUACAUGUAAAUGCUUUAAUAUGUUAAUGUCUUUAUGGAAACUUGGUUGAUAUAAAUUGGUAUGUGCCAUAAUAACCAAAACAACAUGCUGAACCCUAUGUAGACCUGAGGAAAUGCAGAAUGGGGUAAUAAUUACACAAAGGAUUCCUUUCUAAUUCCUUGUAGUUAUUUGAUCCAUUAUUAAUACAAACAUACUGAUUACAACUCUGUCAUGCUUUCAAAACUCUUACUGUAGCUGAACCUCUGUUGUUUGGAAACAGACAUCAACUAGCUCAUGAACAAUUUUCAGUCAAGCACAGUAUUGGAAAACUGAUCUCAGUCAAACCCUUAAGUAGCAUAUAGAGUCGCACAGCGUCAUCUGGGAUCUACAGGGUUAUUGACAAUGCUACCGUACAAUCAGAAGUCAAAGCUCUCCUUUCCUUUUUCAGUGAACUGGACAUGCUUCUUCCGGUGAUUUUUUUAUCAUGUCAUUGUCAGAGAUUGUGUUUGGUGAUAAAAAAGGCUUUCUGGCUAUGGAGGCUUAACUCCACCGCAGAAUGACAGAAUGUUAAAGGUAUGAUGGAUGGCAAGAUUAGCUGUUUACAGAAACCGCAAAUAAAACAGAUCUUCAGAACUGCCGGCCAAUCUCGGGAAGGAGGGCAUAGAUUUUCUCAUGUUGUAAAUGGUUUAUUUCCUUAGAUGGAGCAGUUCUAGGAGUUGUUUUUUUGCCAACUGCAGUUCAUCAAACACUAGAAUCAAUGGCCUUCAUGUUGAUGAGAACACAUCAACACUUUUGAAGUUGACUCAUUUUCCACAACACCAUGGCCCAUAAUAUCAAACUGUAAAUUGGUUUCCGUUUGGUUUGACUUCAGAUGCUUGUAAAAGACACUUGCUGUUGUUAAUGUAUCUAUCAAAAAGUAAUUGUAUUUUUAAAUAAUUUUGUUGACAAUACAGUACUGAUUUAAAUCUGUCUGGGCCCUCAAAACAGGGCACCUUAGAGAAAAGAAUGGAUGCUUAAUAAAGAUAUUCUGAUAUGUUUA